UAUUAUUUAGAUAAAAAAAAGAAAAUAAAAUCAAGUAGAGAUAUAAGAGAGAAACGAGAAUUACUUCUUAGAAAAAUAUUACUUUAAUAAAUAUUCAAAACGACUGUCCUCACUUUCAAUACAUUGGAUAGGAUAGUAGUUACUUGUCAGUUGCCAGUUGCCUGACCUGUUUCGUCCUGUCCUAUCCUGUUUUUUUUUUUGAUUUAGUAAGGUAAGGGCCGUCCUUUUUGAAUAUUUAUUAAAAUAAUACUUUUCGAAGAAGAAAUACCUGUUCUCUUUUAUAAUUCUUAUUACCACAGUUUUUUCUUGUCUAAACAAAUUUAAAAAAUCUUAGAAAAUAGAGACUUGAGAAAAAUUGAUUUUCUUUCCUACACGUAAAAUAAGAUUCCGUUGCAGAAAUUAUAACAAUUCCCGAUUAAAAACAUUAAGUUGAACCGUUAAAAAUGUUCGCCGAAUAAAAAAAAAACAAUGUUGCGUUUGUUGCCCUCUUCCCACGUUCCUCCCCCAUAAACGAAAACAACUUUCGUUUUGAACUUUCUUUUAAAAAAUGCUUGUUAUUUUCGGAAGAUAUUUAAAUGUCUCGAUAUAAAAAAUUGAUCAUCUAUAAUAAAAGUAGAUUAGGUUAGCCAAUAAUCAGGUAAAAUUUAAAUUUAUAUACUGUAAAAAUCCAUGGUUAUAAUGGAAUGGAGUUAUGCAAUUAACAGUCAUGUUAACGUUUUAAUUAACAUCUUUCUAAAGUAUACAAUUAAGAUUUUUCACUGAUUAUGAAAUAUCUUAUUAAGUUAAUUGUAGGACACUUGUAAAAGUAGGUAUAACAUCGAUUACGUGUUUUAACAUAGUUCUAGAGAAAGAGAGAACAGUAUGAAUGGAACAAAUGACUCAGAAAUAUUAGCAACGAAUUGUGUUCGACUUUACGAUCUUCAAGAUUUAUAAAAUACGAGCGCAACGUUCUCGAACGAAUCCAAAGAUUAAGUUUCAAAGUAACGACGAAGUCAGCUUUCACGUUUGGCUCAAAGGCUUAGCUUUAUUACCUACGUACCUACGUACGUAUGUAUAGUACUUUCUCUGUCUCUGUCUCCAUCUCUCUCUCCCUCUCUCCCUCUUUCUCUCUCUCUCUCUCUCUCUCUCUCUCUCUCUUUUCUAUCUUAUUUCUUCAAGUUUGCCAGUACGUUUAUACUCACUCACCGUACGCAUGAGUUUUUUAUAUUUUAUUUUUCUUCUUUAGUACAGUGUUGCGAAUCCAUUAUUUAUCGCUCCCACGUCGCAGAUUCGAUAUCUUGCCAAAGAGUCUUACUGCGGCCUCGUCUUUGAUUCAUGUAGACUCGCGAACGAGUCUCGAAUCCUGAGAAUACAAGUGGAAGGAACUGGAAACUCUCGUACUUCGAGUGCACGGCGGUCGUACUACUAUCCUCGUUUAACGUCGACUCGAAGGAGGAUCGGAAAGACGAUGGAAUCUACGAGGAUAAAAACUCAACGAAAGAGGACGUUUCUGUUUCUUCGACGAUGAACGAGGAGCAAAUUAGUGUCAAGAACAGGACCGAUAAAGUACGAGACUUAGUGAAAUCCGCCCUUAAAGUGACAGAGAAGAGGGAACAGAUCGGCGAGGUAAUACCAAUAAUACGUAGUAUGUCGGUACGGCAAAAGUUGCUUAUGGCGAGAUUAAUUUCAAAGAGAAUAAGCGAUAACGAAACAACGCCGUCAUCUCCGAUAGUGGAGACUCGAUCUCUCUUUGGCGAUGAGGAUAGCAGCAGGAGGAACGCCUCGAGAGCUCUGAUGUUGCCUAUCAGUGCAGACAUCGCAAGGAUCAUUUCCGACGACAUUUCUGGAGAUGAGAUGGAAGAGGAUGAAGAAGAUGAGGAAGAGGAGGAGGAGGAGGAGGAGGAGGAGGAGAAGGAGAUGAAGGAGGAUGAAGACGAGAAAGAAGCAGGUGAGAAGAAAGAGAAGGAUGUAAAGGAUGAGGAGGAAGGGAAGGAAAAAAAGGAAGAUGAUGAGGUGAAAAUCGAAAAGGAAAAAGAGAGAGAAGACGGGAAGGAAACUGCGGAGGAAUUGCCAAAGGCACAAGAGUUGCGAUCGGCAAGACCUGUCCCAAGAAGACGGCCCUUUUAUCGGAUGCCGCCGCCUCCACCGGUGAAUCUACCAACGAGAAGACCGUCUUCCCUCAACAGAAGAAACGUUUUUACAGAUCCAUCGAGAAUGUCUCCAUUGAGACCAUCAAGAAAACCUUUCGAGCCAAAGAGGGUUCCCACGGAUAAGGAAUGUACUUUCUUUUCUAAAACCGUAUGUCUCGAUGCUACGGAUUAUCCGCAUGAAGCGAUAACGAGGAGUUUAAGAAGCAACAAAGACAUGGUGGCAGCUUUGUUGACUGAUUACAAGGUACAAGAGGGAAGAUUCGACGACCAUUCGUCAGGUCCUUUUGAAAAUCGAUAUGAAAAUCGUUAUGAGAAUCGUUACGAGAGUAAUGAAAUCAAAAGAUCUGACAAUCCAUUUGACAAUGUCGAAGAAGGAUUCACAUGUCCGUCUACAGUUAAAUAUGCACGUCCACAAUUGGCCAGAGCGGCAUCUGGAAUUUGGAAAUAUAUAAUAAAUACGGGAGAGCAUACUCAAACGUUACGUUUGGAGAAGUGUUCUAAUACUCGAAGCAGUUGUUCCUUCAUAUCGGAGAACUAUCGUUCCUCUUGUGUACAAGUUUACAAUUAUCAUCGAUUGUUAACAUGGGAUUCAAAAUUAGGUCUGCAUAUGGAUAUAUUUAAGGUACCUACCUGUUGCAGUUGUCACGUUCAUGGUUAUUCCGAGAUAUUUCCACCUCAUGAAAAAGAUCCGCCGUUAAAAUCUAAAGAAAAAUUUCCUGGAGCUGAAUUUGUUACUAAUAACGAGUCAAAGGACGAUUAUCAAGAAUUGACCAAGCCCAAUCAUAAUUAUGUCAGUAAAUACAACAAUCCAGGUCCGAGCUACGAUUCGGAUAUCGCAUUGUCCAGUAACAAAAGGCCGGUGAUAGAGACUUCGUCGACCAGCCGACCCAGUUUCACCCUUCCUGGUCGAACCAGACCAAAGGUACCCUCGUCCGUUCACAGACCCUUCGAUAAAUUACCUCAUCAACAUGCACCCAAUACGAGAGCUCCUGGAUACAUUGGCCCAUUGAAUAAAGGACAUUCUUCUAGGCCUACUAGACAUAGACCACCGUUCAGAAGGGAAUCUAUUUCUCAAAUGGAAGAAUUCCCUGAUAAUUCUAAUAAUAGCUCAUUUAACAGGUAUAGUCAACCGUUCGAUCAAGAUACAAACAUUUCUACUAGACUACAAAAUAGUGGCUUUGACGAAGAAUAUCAAGAACCUCCAAGACGAAUCAAUUAUAACUAUCAUCCGAUCUUAGAUUUCUUUAAACCGGAAGCAUCGAUGCUGCAAUCUUCGGAAAUCAAAUUCCCAAUGCAAUUGUCCGACGUUCCAAACGAUUCGAAUUCUUGGAAACCGAUGUUAACAUCUUAGAAUAUCUCGUUAUCUUUUAUCAGUACCUGACGCAUCGUUCUUUCGCAAAGAAUUGUAAUUAUCUUCUUCUGUAUUUGUUAUUUAUCGAAAUUCAUGAUCGAUCCAAACGAUCGUGUAUUAUAUAAAGGAUAGAUGUAUAAAUUUUGUUAAAAACAAAAAAUUUUUAAAUAUAUGUACAUAUGUAUGUAA